GUAGAUCACUUCACCCGGAAGUGAGUUAUCGAGGGAAGCUAAGCUAGUUGAAUUGUUGUAGGCGUUCCGCUCGUGUAUCCUAAAAUUGAACCUGGAGUUUGAUAGUUGAAUAACUUGCCCAGCAUUCGCCGUUUGAGGAGCACAAACAGGAGAACUCUGUGAAACUCCAGUGGUCAGAGAUGUCUGUUGUUCCUCCCAGUCGUUCGAGCACCGGCUGGCCGCGCGGCAGCUCUCAGUUCGGGAGCAAAUACAUAGGCGCCGUGGGAACGAAGCCACUCACCCUGGAGCGAACUAUCAAUCUCUACCCUCUUACCAACUACACUUUUGGCACGAAAGAGCCGCUGUAUGAGAAGGACAGCUCAGUUGCUGCCAGGUUCCAGAGGAUGCGUGAAGAGUUUGACAAGAUGGGGAUGAGGAGGACUGUGGAGGGAGUCUUAAUAGUCCAUGAACACCGGUUGCCUCACGUCUUACUUCUGCAGCUGGGAACAACAUUCUUCAAACUGCCAGGGGGAGAGUUGAGUCCUGGAGAGGAUGAAGUGGAUGGUUUAAAACGCCUCAUGACAGAGAUUCUUGGAAGACAGGAUGGUGUUAAACAGGACUGGGUGAUUGACGACUGUAUUGGCAACUGGUGGCGUCCCAACUUUGAGCCUCCGCAGUACCCAUAUAUUCCAGCUCACAUCACCAAACCAAAGGAGCACAAGAAGCUCUUCCUGGUUCAGUUACAGGAAAAAGCUCUGUUUGCGGUUCCAAAGAACUACAAACUUGUGGCUGCUCCGUUGUUUGAACUGUACGACAACGCACCAGGAUACGGACCAAUCAUAUCCAGUCUCCCGCAGUUACUGAGCAGGUUCAACUUCAUCUACAACUGACCAGUCUGAGUGACCGGCUGUCUCUGUGAGUGCAGCUCCCUGGUGCUUGAUGAGGAGACACAACACAAUGGGGAAACAGUUCCUCAACUCAACCUUUGAUUUAAAAAAAAAAAAAAAAAGAACCUCUCCACACCAGAUUAUUGUCGUGUUUGUUUAUACCUUUGACCGAUGGAAACAGAUGUCUUGUCUUUUUGUUUUCUUUUUUAAAUGCUAGAUUUUGUAGUGUGACGGUGCUUAGUGCCAGAUGUGUGUGGAGGAACAUGUUGGAUUAAAUGAACCUUGCUUAUUUUAAAUUGUAUCAUGUUUUUUCCCCUUUUUUAAAUAAA